CUGAACGGUGAAGCUGUAUAGUCUGCGUUGAGCAACCACUAGUCUACAGAGAGUAAAAAUCUUUGCGUAGGAAUCUGCUUGAGAAAACAUAAUGGACGGGAUUUCAGACAAGAAACUCUUAAACAUUGGUAAUUCGAUCGGGAAUAACGACAAGCUGUUGGCCCUGGCACUUGAACUUGACUUCACAUAUGCAGAAUAUAAGAAUUAUAAAGCAACCAAUCAGGGAGCGGGUGACGUCACCUCGGCUGGCACGAUCUCGAUGCUGUUUUGCUGGCGGGAAAAGAUGAAGAGGGAGGAGCAAGUGAGGGUCCUGUCAUGCGCACUAGAGAAAGUUGGCUUGGUGGAGGUAGCGGAAGAACAUCUAAAGGAGAGAGCUGAAGCGCAGCAACUGGCACCCAACGAUGCCAUCGACCGUGCGAUACAUGUUAAAAGGAACUUGGGGGAAAGAAUCAACGAGAACGUAUCCGAGGGGCAGCUUCUUCAGAUCUCUCGCGAAUUCCCAAAUGAAAUAUUCGACUCCUUCUGCUUGAGGUUGGGCGUCGGUUUAAACCAGUCCAGCAACAUCCUAACAAAACAUUGCAAGGAUUAUCACAAAGCAAUGAUGGAGAUUCUAAUGAUGUGGAAGAAUAGAACUUGCGGUCCAUGUGAGGAGCUAGAGGGUGCAUUGGAGUCAUCGGGAGCAGCAGAUCUGAUAGGCAGCAUACUUUACAAACCAAAUUGAUAACAGUUCUCGGUCGACAUUGUGGUUACACUUCGUAAUUCCGAAGAUCAGUUGUAGUUCCUGUAUCUCAAAUAUAAAAGUCAGAAAUAAUAUCAAAAUGCCCCUCAGAAAACCAAUCAGUUGUGACGACACAUCGCAGCACGCAGACACAACCAAGUUGUCAAAUCAUCAGUCUGCCUGAAGACCGCCGAGAGCUUGAAGCCGACGGUAAUAGACCGAGCUGACCAAAAGGUUUAUUGUAAAAAUAAAA